UUGCCUUGCGUAAGAUGGUGGUGGUGGCUACGCUCUAAGUGGAUUGCGUGGCAGGCAGACGCGUACUUGUGUCUCCUCGCCGCCUCUGUGCUGUGGUUCUUGCCGCCAGCAGGGGCCGUGGAGCAAUAGUGAGGAGGAAGCCCAGGCUUGCGUGCCUCGGCGCCGGCCGGUUGCUGGUGGUACUGCGGGUGCGGAUUGGUGCUACUCAGGUAGAGCCCGCUGCUCCCGUCCCUUCAGCAGGAGGAGGCUAAGGCUGCUGUGGGCGGGGAUCGCUCGGCUCUUCCCUGCUCGACUAUGUCGGACAAUCAGAGUUGGAAUUCCUCUGGCUCCGAAGACGACCCCGAGACAGAGCUCGGGCUGCCUGUUGAGCUCUGUGGGGUACUCAGCAAGUGGACCAAUUAUAUUCAUGGGUGGCAGGAUCGAUGGGUAGUUCUGAAAAGAAACACACUCAGUUAUUACAAGUCUGAAGAUGAAACAGAGUAUGGCUGUAGAGGCUCUAUCUGUCUGAGCAAGGCUGUGAUUACACCUCAUGACUUUGAUGAAUGCAGAUUUGAUAUCAGUGUAAAUGACAGUGUUUGGUACCUCCGAGCUCAAGACCCAGACCACAGACAACAGUGGGUAGAUGCAAUAGAACAACACAAGACUGAAUCUGGCUAUGCAUCAGAGUCAAGUUUACGACGCCACGGCUCCAUGGUGUCUCUUGUUUCUGGAGCAAGUGGAUACUCUGCAACAUCCACCUCUUCAUUCAAGAAGGGCCAUAGCUUACGUGAAAAGCUUGCAGAAAUGGAAACCUUUAGAGACAUUUUGUGUAGACAAGUUGAUACUUUACAGAAAUACUUUGAUGCCUGUGCAGAUGCAGUUUCCAAAGAUGAACUCCAGAGGGAUAAAGUGGUAGAAGAUGAUGAAGAUGAUUUCCCUGUGAUGCGUUCUGAUGGGGAUUUUUUACAUAACAGUAACAGCAGUAAGGAAAAAUUGUUUCCAUAUGUGACACCCAAAGGAAUUAAUGGUAUAGACUUUAAAGGAGAAGCCAUAACUUUCAAGGCAACUACUGCUGGAAUACUUGCUACACUCUCUCAUUGUAUUGAACUCAUGGUCAAACGUGAAGAAAGUUGGCAAAAAAGACUAGAUAAGGAAAUAGAGAAAAGGAGAAGAAUUGAAGAAGCAUACAAAAAUGCUGUGACAGAACUGAAGAAAAAGUCCCACUUUGGAGGGCCAGACUAUGAGGAGGGUCCUAAUAGCCUGAUUAAUGAAGAAGAAUUCUUUGAUGCUGUUGAAGCUGCUCUUGAUAGACAGGAUAAAAUGGAAGAACAGUCUCAAAGUGAAAAGGUCAGAUUAUACUGGCCAAUAUCCUUACCUUCUGGAGAUGCAUAUUCUGGUGUGGGGACUCAUAGAUUUGUCCAAAAGCCCUAUAGUCGCUCUUCCUCCAUGUCUUCCAUUGAUCUAGUCAGUGCCUUUGAUGUUCACAGAUUCAGCGCCCAGGUGGAAGAGAUGGUACAAAACCAUAUGACAUAUUCCUUGCAAGAUGUAGGAGGAGAUGCCAAUUGGCAGCUAGUGGUAGAAGAAGGAGAAAUGAAGGUGUACAGAAGAGAGGUGGAAGAGAAUGGAAUAGUUUUAGAUCCUUUGAAAGCAACGCAUGCCGUUAAAGGAGUAACAGGGCAUGAAGUUUGCCACUACUUCUGGAAUGUUGAUGUUCGUAAUGACUGGGAAACAACAAUUGAAAAUUUCCAUGUUGUGGAAAAUUUAUCUGAUAAUGCCAUCAUCAUUUACCAGAUGCAUAAGAGAGUGUGGCCGGCUUCUCAAAGGGAUGUGCUGUAUUUGUCUGCCAUCAGAAAAAUUCCAGCAUUCAGUGAAAAUGAUCCUGAAACAUGGAUUGUUUGCAAUUUCUCUGUGGAACAUGACAGUGCUCCUAUGAACAAUCGUUGUGUCCGUGCCAAAAUAAAUAUUGCUAUGAUUUGUCAGACUUUAGUAAGCCCGCCAGAGGGGAACAAGGAAAUAAGCAGGGACAAUAUCCUAUGCAAGAUUACAUAUGUAGCUAAUGUGAACCCGGGAGGAUGGGCACCAGCAUCAGUGUUACGGGCAGUGGCAAAACGAGAAUAUCCAAAAUUCUUAAAGCGUUUUACAUCAUAUGUGCAAGAGAAAACGGCAGGAAAGCCUAUUUUAUUCUAGUAUUAACAGUGAUCAGAACGAGACUGGGUGAGCAUUCCACCUUGAAGUGACCAAUAAGUGCAUAGAGCACUCCAUGCUGGAACAAAGGAUCUAUAGUAUUUUUAUUGCCGAAGUUCUCGGGUUUGUAUACUGAAGUAAAGAAGUGCUGCAACACCAUGCGGCUGAAUAUUUAACACUAGCUCUCUCCUAAAUUUUUUUGCGGCAUCAGUAUGUAAUUAUCAAUAGAUGUUUUGAUAACAUGCAAAUGGCUAUUUUAUUUGAUUGCUUUAGAAGAGGAAGAAUGUGUACAGCUUUGAAUCACCAAUAGGGGUUACUGCUUUAAUUUUAAACAACUUGCAGAAUUUCACUGUCAACAUUCCUAAGAUACUAGUGCAGUUUUUGUGCAUGUCUAAAAAGCACAAAAGACAAAUGUACAUAUAGCAUACUCUAGGUGCUUUAUGUGCAUAAGAAUCUCUGUAGUAUUUUAGUGGGGAGGGAGGCAGUUCAGUACAACCUAAGUGACUUAUUAACAGGUUUUGUUUUGCUUUGUAUAAUCAUAGUUCAUUGCUGUUUGUUUCUAUAAUGAAACAUCUUGUUACAUAAAAUGUCAGGUAAUAAUUGAGGGCUGUCAAUAUCCUUAUGACUUUGCCUUUUCUAUUGUCUUACUCUUAUGAAGAUCUUUGGCUCUGAAGGAGUAAGAGUGUGAAAAGCUUUAUUUUUUUCCAGGUAUAUUUCUAUUGGAUUUUUUAGUUAUGCAAUAUGUGCUACAGAAAUUUUGCUAUUAAACCUGAUCCAGAAAUUUCUAGGAAGAUUCUGUAUGAGAGGGCAAGACAGUGCCUGAAAGCCAGAAGUCAUCUGUUUGUUAUAAAUGUGGACUGCUUUCUUGCAUGAUAUCUGGGGCUUUCCCAAAGCUGUGAGAAGGUACACUAUAAUAUUUAUUGAAGUAAUUUGGACUACAUAGGACAACAUUCCCAGACUAGAAUGAGGAUGAGUACAUUAUUUUCAGAUCCUGCAUGUGUUUUUCUCAUCUUGGUAAAGCCAUGCUAUAAGGUUCAUGUAGAAAAUAAGUUGCACUGAUACUUGCCUCAAUCAAAACCUCAUCAGUUAUAAGGAUGUAUAGUUCAUAUUGGAAAGUUUUGUCUAUUUGCUAUGAGAAUUCAAAUAUCAGAUAUUUGCUUGCCUCUGAUUCUGGAUAUGCUCAUUAAGAGAAGUCUCUGGCAGACUAGUACUGACUUUGAAGUCUUUUAUCUAUGUCCUGUAGCUGGAAACUCUUCAGAGACUGCUUACCUGUGUAUCUCAAGAAAAAAGUUCCAGAUUAAUUUUUUUUUCUCAAAAGAAAACUGAAAGUCUUGUUUGAUAUAGUAUGGUAGGUAACUGAAAAUAAAUAAAAAAUAGUAAUUUAAUAAAGAUUUGGUGAAUUAUUAAAUGUGAUCUGCACAGUGUUGAAAAAAAUACUUUAUCUGUUCAUCUUCUCUAUAAAGAUGAAAUCAUACAUAACACACAAUUACACAUGCAUGCAGCUUUCAUGUUCCAUGUUUUCCUUUUUAUUUGCCUUUUUUUUAAUGGUGUACAUGGAAUAUGCCUUAUUACAGAGUUAUUCUAUUAAUUUGAACAUCUAGAAAAGUGCCUAUAUGUUAAUGCUAGUAAGGCAAAUAAGAUGAAAAGUUGUGUGUUUACUACAUCAAUAGUGAACAUUUUAUAUAGUAAUGUUUAAAAAAAAUUAUCUCAAAUAUACUUCUUCAUUUUAAAAUCAACCAAGCAGUGGUUAAUUCCACCAUAGCUACUGAUGGGAAUGUAAAAGGAAAAAAGCCCAAAAUAUAAAGAAUUUAACUCCGUAUUUGCCUUUUCUUGUAGUUGUUGAACACAGGCAACUAACUGUUCAUUAAUUUAAUUGGAUGACUUUAUUUUGCAAAGGUAUGGGAAGUUUACAAAGCAGUAUAUAAUUCUUAUAUAAUUAGUUGCAUUUGCACUAAAUAUGAUGUACUUUUGCAAUUCUGUAAAUAAAAUUAAACUACAGAUACUAAUUGUAAAUAAUAUUUUACUUUUAGAUAAAGGCACUGGUACUUCACUACAGCUGGCCCUGCCCAAUCAGAGUUGUAAGAGGCUUCUUAAAGAAUAUGGAAGGAGUUGCAGGAUUGAGAAAUAGGUAUUAAUUGACUGCUUUAAAAACAAAAUUUAAAAGGCAGAUAUUGACCUCUCAGAUUAUCCAUGUGCAAGUAACCAUUAGGUCUUUUCUUCUAGAAGGGAUCUUUUACGGUUUUUUUAAAUUUCCCCUGUCUUUUGAGCCCAACCCUCUUUCCAGUCACUGCCACAUAUCUGUGCAUUCUGAGUUCUUCCUGUCAAAGGAUCUGUGGUAUUUAUACAGCUGUGGUCUUUGCAGAAGCAGCCCAUGAUUCUAGAAUGGCUUUUUUCAUAAGCUGAACCAAUUUGAAGGGCUGAGAAGACAGUUUUCUUAUCCAUCAGAUACUGUUCUCUGAAUAUCUUUGUCCGUUUGGUGAAUUUGAAUGUUGCUGAACUAGAUCUGAAGGAAAUUACUUUGUAGAACUUGUAUUGGGAAUGAGGAUGAGAGAUGGUCAUUGUUAUCCUGUCUGAAAACCUGAACAUCGUAUUUUGACAAAUUUAUCUGUGAAAAAUUUAAUACAUCUUGGAAAAAAAAUUACUUUUUACUUAAUUGGGCUGAGCUGGCUUAUGUGAAGUUGUGCAGAUUCUCUUUUAACUACUCAGAUUGUCCACCUGUAUUUUUGUCAAGUUGUACAGAUAAUGCUGUAUUUGAAUUGCCACCA